GCGAGAUACAUUGAAGGUGCAAUUAUGGGCCUAGAUCCACGCGUGUGAAGGAAAUUUAAAUACGCUGCCGCAGAAAACAAAAAUCCGACGAAGAAGAGUACCAUCACGUCUUCGAUAAAGGUUCCAGACGUCUGAUUCGGGUCGGGUGGUUUAGGCCAGUCAUAACACAGCCGUCCGCCGACUUGGGGAAAACAAUUGUGAGAGGAUACGGCGCCCGAAACGGAAGAAAUGGAGGCAUUCAGGCGGUAACGUUUGCUCUGGGUAUUAGCUAAUGAUCGUGACUUCCCCUCUUAACUGAGCCACCAUCGGGCAGAAACUGGGCUCUCGCAGUAGCAUACUGUCAGGUUUUACCCUUGAAAGCGACGUUCCGUAAGCAGUGAAGGUGCCCAACAUUCAAGCCCGAGAAAUGAGUUCAAACUCGUACGGCAAAGGAACUACAGACUAACCGCAAACGGCGGUGCAGAAGGUGCAAACCGAUCUCUACCGGGUGAGAAGACCGUUGGAUCGAGAGGAAUUAGCCGACCCGUUGUACCUGCACAUCUAAACGACGCGCGAAGCGGCACAAGUGCCUCCCUGGGACUAGAUGUCCGAUCCGAUAAAUAGAAGCAAGUGCAGUGAACGCAAGGAACCACACAGAAAUAGCAGCCGGAGGAUGGCGCAACGGAGAGAACAGUUGCUGAUGCACCUGACGAGAAGCGUUCUAGCGACGGUGCUCAUCGCGUUCGUCGUGCGAGUUGACAGUUGGGUGCCAGAUGUCCAGAGCAAGAUACGCAUCCCAUACGAUGCCACCGUGCCGUCGUUUUUCGGUAACAGCACCGAUUAUUAUAAGUUGCUCGAUCAGAACGAAAACACGUUACUCAUCGGUGCGCGGAAUGCGAUGUACAACAUCACGAUCGAUCAGCUGGUGGAGUUGAGCAACCAGCGGGUAACUUGGCCAUCGUCUGACGCACACCGGGAGCUGUGCACGCUGAAAGGCAAGCAUGAACAGGACUGUCAGAAUUAUAUCCGCGUGUUCGCACGGGUAAACGCGAACCGGAUAAUGAUCUGCGGAACGAACUCGUUCAAGCCGUUGUGCCGCUUCUACAACAUCCUGCCCGGGAAUGGGUCGCUGGUAUAUGACAACAAUGAGAUGGAAGCGCAAGGACGCUGCCCGUACAAUCCGCAACACAACAGCACGUACGUGUACACCGACGGACAGCUAUACGCGGGUACGGUAGCCGACUUUUCCGGUGCUGAUCCGCUGAUCUACCGUGAACCACAGCGCACGGAACAGUUCGAUAGCAAACAGCUGAACCAACCGGCGUUCGUCAGUGCGAUCGAGUACAACGGGUACGUGAUGUUCUUCUACCGUGAGGUAGCGAUGGAGUACAUGAACUGCGGCAAGGCGAUCUAUUCGCGCGUGAGUCGCGUGUGUAAAAACGAUAAGGGAGGCCCGUACCCCUUCCAGGAUAAGUGGACAUCGUUCCUGAAGACACGUCUAAACUGUUCCAUCCCCGGAGAGUACCCGUUCUACUUUGAUGAGCUACAGGCUACAACGAACACCAUCACCGGCACGUACGGAGGAAUGCGCAACAAAAUCAUAUACGGCAUCAUGACAACACCGGAAAACGCGAUCGGAGGUUCAGCGGUGUGUGCCUUCUCGGUGGAGGACAUUAUGGAAGCGUUCGAAGGUCCCUUCAAAGCCCAGCGUGAUAUACACUCCAACUGGCUGCAGGUGCCGCCGAGUUCGGUUCCAGAGCCACGUCCUGGCAAGUGUGUUGACGACAGUCGCACCCUGCCAAAAGCGCUGGUAAACUUCGUGAAAACGAACAAUCUGAUGGACAAUUCGGUGCCCUCGCUACACUCACGACCAGUGUUCACACGCGUCAGUCUCUACUAUCGUCUAUCGGCAAUUGCAGUCGAUCCGCAGGUGAAAGCGCUCGAUGGUAACCGAUACGAUGUGAUAUUCGUCGGUACGAACGACGGCAAGGUGAUCAAGUUCGUGAACAUACUAUCGGCGAACAGUUCGGACGAUGUGCGAACGGUUGUGAUUAGUGAGACGCAAGCAUUCUCACCCGGUACGAAAAUUAACGAGAUGACGAUCUCGAAGAAAAACUCCGCCCUGAUCGUGAUCAGCAGUGGAAAGAUCAUUUCGCUUCCACUUCACAACUGCAACGAGCAUAGCUUUAAGACCUGCCGGAAGUGCUUGGAGCUGCAGGAUCCAUACUGUGCCUGGGAUGAUUUGAAUCGGGACUGUAAACCGAUCGAGGACGUGCAUGCGUCCGGUGCCUCAAUCGAUCAGUUCUAUCAGCGCUUGGAUGGUGAACGUAUCGGUGAGAUCUGCCGGAAGUAUGAUCACCAAGAGCCGACGGUUCAUACGUAUGAAGACAAUGAUGUGUAUACACGGAUCGAUGGAUCGGGUGCCGUUGAGAAACCGGACAAAUCGUUCGACCAGCGUAACGUGCUGAUCGUACACUCGAACCACGGUACGGUAUCAUCGGUUGGGCCGGAAGACAUCGACAACGAGAUAUCGAUGUCGUCGAUGGAAGGUGACGAGCUAACUAACCGGAUCAUCAACACGCAUCAGUACCAUCAUAAGCCGGAUACAUUCGUAAAGGAAAACUUACGAUUCGCGGCCGGCAACUGGUCCAUAUUUGUGGUGAUUAUUGUCUUGACUGCACUGGUCGGAAUGGGGGCGGGAUAUAUGCUCACGCGGAAGAUGAGUAAAGGGCAGGCAUGCGAACAUCGCAAUCAGUGGCAUAGCGGGAAAAGCCUUUCGAUGCUUUCACAGAACCGCACCAACGGUAAAGAUGUAAACCUGCUCAUGAACACCACGAAUCAGUACCACACGCAGCAGCAAGCGAUCGUGCAACAGCUACAGCAGCAUCAUCAAAACAACUGCAAGGAUAACAUCGAUUUCGAUUAUAAGGAUCGAAGCGUUGAAUGCAAAAACUCUACGGAAAACCUCGAGAAGGACAUCAGCAAAGGCAUGGGCACGCUGCAGAAGACGCGCCACUUGAAGACAUUUAAACCGUAGAGAGUGUGCAAUUAAGGAAUGGGACAGUAACUGAACCGUUCGAAGUGUCCGUUUCGUGCCAAUAAUUCAGUGGUGCAUCCGGGAGUUGUGUAUAUAACCGCAUGCAAGAUCAUUAUCGACCAACCACCAGCCAGCUCGGCAGUUUGUAGAUUGUCCUUAGCGUAAAUGUGCUCGGAAGACGUUUUGAGGACCUCUUUCGAUCGCGCCCCCCUCGAACAAGUGUUUGCAAUAAUGACACGAGAGUGAGACUGUGUGCCUAGCACAAAACCAUUUUAACUGAGGGUUAUCCGUAACCUAAGUGAGGCCUUUGGACGAUGUGCUCGUUCGUCCACAGCGACGUGUAGGCGCUUCCAUUCCAGUAGCGUUUGGUAAGCACCCGCAAUCGAAAACCCGAAACGAACGAAUGAAUUCUAAGUGUAGGAAAAGUAAAGCUCGGAAAAAAAAUGUGCAGCUUAAGCGGUUAGGAAUUGUUCCGAUAUCGAGGGCUCCCAUAUCUGUCGUAAACUUAUGCGUUCCAAUCAAAAAUCGAGCAGAGCUCGUAUCGUGUUUAGGAUUAAGAACAACAAAAACAAAAACGACAGUGGUAUUGUAGAAACCGAUAGCAUAGGGAGAUAAAAGUUGCAAAUCACCACACAUAUUAGUUUGGAGUAAGAACAUUCGUGCUCUGUCACUUACAAUACACGGAAAGGGAUAAUGCGCCACGCUAAAUUGCAUUACACCGUGUGGGGCGCACUUCAGAUAGUACGAUGUUUGAUCCUUUUUUCAUUACAUUAAUGACAAUUCAUUGAGAGAUUAAGUGGUAAGAGACCAGCAUGUACAGCUUCAACCCGGAACAGUUUGAUUAAAGGCAAUAGGCGAAUAUCAAACGUAUGCGUUGAAUGAGUUUAGUUGAAUUUUUAACUUUUUAUUUGCUAUCAAUUAAUGUAAGUCUAGGAUAAUCGUAAAGUCUAAGCCUAGGUAAUCAGAUACAUGUGUCGACCUUAUGUUUUUUUUUGUACAACCGUUAAUAGCUAUAAAAACGAAGUGAGCGUCAAGAAGGGCUUAACUUUUACGUUUUAUACAACCGUUGACCGUUAUUUAAUUUUGCUCAAGAAUCUCCUUUUGUACCAUAACGAGCGAUGAAAUGCGUCAUAAAACAAAUUAUUACAAAAAAAUACUCUCCGUAUGAUGUGAUGUCGAUUUUGGUACAGUGCGUGUUGCUGUUUUGUUGUCAAUUUUGGGUAAUUUCUGAUUUUUAUUGCAUUAUCCCACCUCUUUUUUAAAAUUAAUCUUGCGAUAUACAAAACAGCGUCCGGGAAGUACAACUUGAUCAUACGAUAAAACGCGAGUAUGGACGAACAUCCAACACGAAUAACGUGUAAUAAGAGUGCAAGAAUAAUUUAUGCCACCGAGACUGUAGCGAAGCAUUGUUUUUUUUUUGUUUUUAAAUCUACCUAUUACCUAUUGCUCCAUCAGACACUCGUGCACGUUGCAAUAUUAUCGAAAAAGCUAGGUAGAAGAUAUUUCUGUUGUAGCAUUUUAAGCUUGCUGCUAGUAGUUUAAAAGUCUAAUCGAAUCAUGAGCAUACAACAGGAGAUGACGGUACAGGCGAAACAAUGUGAUAAAAAUGAGUAUUUUAAUUAUUUUUUUUCGAGCCUAAACGUCCUUACCGUGAGUGAAUGUACGUGUACCGAAAGUUUGUAUGUGUGGUUGGAUGCGUGGGUAUUUGUUGUAUUUAAUAGUGUAAGUAGAGGUGGAGCUGAUUUGAGUAACAGCAUUCUGAGAAAGAGCUUAUUGUAGAAAAGAGUAAAAACGAUAGAUAAACCACCACAAAUGGACAAAUUUGUAUGAAAAGUGCAGUAGUAGUACCGCUGUGCUGUGCAAAGUUAUUUGCUGAAAUCUUUUACUAUAGCAAAAACAAACAAACCCAAGUACAGAAAACUCAGCCUUUGGACAGUGAUUUCUUUCCAAUUUGUGCCUGUGAGUGAACAAAAACGACAGCAAUAAUAUAAGUGGAGGAAGUGUAGAAACUUUUUCUUCGAUGAUGAUGCAAAAAAAUGAUGAUGCUAAUAUUAGCUACUAGAGGUAGUAACAGCAACAGAUGCCUGACGAUGGUGAUGAAAAUGUAGUGUAAGUUAAUGCGUAUCUAGACGAGGCGUGUCCAAUUAUACAUAGCGUACACAUUCAUAAACGACAAGCAGUUGUGACAACUCGAAUCAUAUUGUAAAUAUACUGGACGAUCGAAAUAAAAAGUGAAUAAAU